AUGGAAGAAAAUAAAAAAAGAGGGAAGAAAAAGACGGAGAAGUCAGAAAUUGAACUGUUAUUUGUUGACCUGUGCCAUGUGAAUAAAGAAAGAAGGGACACAGGAAUAAAGGCCUUGACUGAUUAUAUAAAAAAAAAAAAAGUACCUCUGGAUGGACAUAAUUUGUCCUACAUUUGCAAAGGCCUAUUUUACUAUUAUUGGCUAUGUUACUCAUCGGAAGAGCAAAAAAUCGCAGCUUGCAAAAUAAGCAAAAUUUUAAGAAACAUUGAUGAGGUGGACAAGAGCGAAGAAAAAAAAGGCGUCUUCCUAUUUUUGCAAAACUUUUUAAGGGUUAUGUCUAGUAAGUAUGACUCUCUGGACCUUUACCGCUUGAACAAGUUUUUAUUUUUAUUCAAAGUUUUCCAGGCAGAGUGUCUCCUUUUCCUACAUCGGUACUCAUGGCGCAGUGAUUACAUCAAGAGGUAUAACAAAAUAAUGCUUCGAAUAUUUGACGACACAAAUGACGUUUUUUACAAUCACAUCGAUACAUUUUUUAAAGAAUUUUUUGGAAACCAAUUUUAUUUAAAGGCUAAGGAUCAAAAUGAAAAAGUGCACAUAAAGAAUUUUCUCUUACUCAUGGACUUUUUUUUUAAAAUUAUUUGCAAGACAGAAAGAAAACACAUAAUCGAUGUAAUUAGAAAUAAAAUAUUCUCUGUCAUUUUGAAGUUAAAUGUAGGGAAAAAUAUGCUGGAGAAGAGAAUUUGCAGGUACCUUGGGAAAUGCAAAAAUCCCUAUGCUACCAAAGUCCUCAGGGGGUUUUACAAUUCCUUUGUUGCAGGCCACGGUGAACGUGGGGGGAAUAAGCAGAAGUGCAACAAGAAGGACAAAAAGAGUGGAUCGAAAAAGACGCCCAUUUUUGUGGAAAACUUUGAGGCCACGGGGGCGUACAAUGGUUCCGCUUCUGCCCCGUCCAGGGAGGAAGAACAAAUUUCGCGAAAUAAUGGAGAUUCCCAUUUGACCACCCCUAGGGAUGGCGCAAAGGGUGGAGAGAAACAAUUGGAUGGUGUGCUUAACUGUAAGAAGAGGUCCAAAAGGGAUCGAGCGUCGAACGAGUUCAACCGCCUCAGGGCGAUCAUCGAGGAGGGCGACGACGCAGAGAUGGAAGACGACCUGAGCAGUGAUUUGGAAAGUGAUAUAGGAAGUGACGAGGAAAAUGAUAUUGGAAUGAAUAUGGGAAAGGACCGCAUGAAGGGGAAGAAGAAGAAGGUCCUGAAGCGAAAGAGAGAAGAGAACGGUAACCUGGACGAUAAAAAAAAGAAGAAGAAGAAAAAAAAAAAAGUCAAUAUGCAGGAAGCGAUAAUUAUGGAAGACAAUUUGGUGGGAAAGAUGAAGUCGUCGUCCAAGAAGAACAAAAAAGAAAUUGAAAAAAAAAAAAAAAAAAAAAAGAACAAAGACAAAUACAACAACGGAGAAGGAAGCAACGCGCCCGAUGGAGAACACGCAAGCAGCUCAAUCGAAGGGAAAGACAAACACAAACUUAAUAUCAUAGACUUUAUCCAAAAUAACAAACGAGGUUUUUCGGGGAGUAUUAUUCUCGAAAAUAAGGGGAAGUCGGAUUUGCCCAUCUAUUCCAUUGACAAGUCGGACUUGCAGGGAGGGUGCAUACAGGGGAGGAAGCUAAAAGUGAACAAACACUUGAAGAAGAAAAAUAGCGCCUGCUCUGCUAGUAGCGAUAAUCGAGUUUGUCAAACACACCCGUGCUACACCCUGCUGACAAAUGACGAGGGAGAAGACGACAUAUGUCUACAACUCGAAAAUGCGGACAGGGGAGAUGUAGUUGCUAACGGAGAUCACAAGAACGUGCACAUAGGAAUGAUAAAAAAGAAAAUAGUAAAAAGCAAUGUGGAAAAGUCAAAAAAGGGGAAAAAAAUGGAAAAAUUUGCCAAACUGGGAAAAAUGAUCAAGCUAGCGAAACAAGGCAAAUUGGUGAGGCUAGCGAAACAAAGCAAGUUGGCCAAGCUGGCGAAGCGAAAUAAAAUGGCAAAAAUAGCUAAACAAAACAAAAAGUCAAAAACGGAAAAAAAAAAUUCUAUGAUAAUAGGCCAAGGGGGCGAAGACAAAAACAAAAGCGCGCUGAGCAACGGCGUAGCAACCGAUGCGAAAGGGAAAAUCAGGGAAAGGAGAAAAAAUGGCAUCGUCAAGAAAACCAUUUUGAAAAAAGGGAAAACCAAGUCACACGUGACAAAAAGAGUUCAUUUUAACCUGAACAAAAAUACCAUCGAGUACAUUCCGCGCAUAAAGAAGAAAAAUGUCAAUUCGUAUUUCUUUCUCGACAAUUUUCGCAACUUAAUUAAUGUCCCCGCGUUUUUGUAG